AUGGAUAGGAGAACCUACCUGCUCUACGUGGCUACUUUGAAGCUAAUGCUCAAUGAUAAGCGUUCUUUCAUGUUAGAUCAUUUACAUGAGAACCACAGGAUAACGAGUGAAGCCGUGGACCAGCAAGCAGUGGAAGUAAUAAGAUACUUGGGGAUGGUUGGCCGCCAAGCCCUCAGAUUUCCCCCCGGCGGAAGCUAUGCAUUGCCUGAGUGGCUGGACAGAAGAUACAAAACGGUGAUUGCCGACAUCGACGAGUGUAUUUCUCAAAGCAACUUCGCGUGGAUGUUGGAGUUGGGAUUUCUCCGACGGGUUUGGGUCACGGCCGCCGAAGCGAGCUCCGACGAAAGCUGCAGCAUCUGUCUCGAGAGAUUUCAAGAAGGCAGUGUGAUCGGUAUUCCGCACUGUGGCCACCGCUACCAUUGGGAUUGCAUAACGAAGUGGUAUGAUAGCGCGACUACAUGCCCGCUCUGCCGGCGCUACGUGCUGGACAACGCCGACGUCGAGUCCAGCUCUGAUAGCAGCGAAUAA